AUCCUUUCUAUAAAGUGUCAAGUUGUCAAAAUUAUUGAGGUUAGAUUUUUUGCAAAUCCAAUGAAAGACAAAUUCAAGACGAAUUAGCGAGUUUAAAGCUUGUUCAAUGUCGUCUAUGACAUUUGGCCAAAAAACCUUCACGCCGACCCCUCCAGAGAAAGGAAGUUUUCCACUAGACCAUGACGGUGUUUGCCGAAAAUUGAUGAUAAAUUACAUGAAGUGUUUGAACGUAAACAACAACGACAAUUCCGCUUGCAGAGUCGAGGCUCGCGACUACUUGGCUUGUCGUAUGGAAAACAACCUAAUGGCAAGGGAAGAGUGGAAGAAACUGGGCUUGGAAUUGGAGUAA